AUGGAAUCCGACAAUUUUGAGGAAGAUAUAGAUGGUUCUAUAAUAAGUGUUCAUGUCCGCAAUUUCUUUUGCCAUGGUAAUUUAGAAGUGCAACUAAACAGAAAUGUUAAUUUCAUUGUUGGUCGGAAUGGAAGCGGGAAAAGUGCUAUUUUAACAGCUUUGGUCGUCGGUUUAGGCGGCAGAGCUUCAGCUACAAAUAGAGGAAGUAACUUAACUUCUUUUAUAAAAAAAGGAACCAACUCUGCAACAAUUGAAAUAAAAAUUAAAAACAGCAGUGCAAAAGCAUAUCGUCAUGAUGUUUAUGGGGAUUACAUAACUAUUGUGAGGACUAUUAAUUUAUCUGGAGGUGGUGGCUAUAAAGUGAAGUCUGCAUCAGGUGAUGUGAUUUCAACGAAAUACGAAGAAGUGAAUGCAAUAAUUCUUGCUCACGACAUACAAGUUGACAAUCCCAUAUCAGUGUUAAAUCAAGAUGACGCAAGAAGCUUCCAUGCCUCAGAUGCAAAGAAGAAAUAUAGUUUAUUUCGUAAAGCAUCUAAUUUGGACCAGACUGAGAACAACUAUGUUAAAGCACUGGAGAAUUGUAACACAGCCACUCUCAUUUGGAAUAAAAAGAAAGAGGCUUAUGGGGAACUUGAAAAAGAAUACAAAAAGAUAAAGACAAAGUAUGAACAAAUGCAGUCAUGGGACGAUGUAGAGGCUUUGAAGCAAAAAUUACAGAAUGAGUACUAUUGGAGCGAAGUGGCGGAGUUGGAACGCGAGGCCAACAUGGUGCAAGAGCAGUAUGACAAGCAGAAAGCUAAAAAUGAGAAACUUGCGGAAAAGUUGAGCAGGAUGGAACAGAAUUUUAGCAGUAACAACAACACUAUUAGUGUAUUAAAAGAGAAAUUUGACGAAAAAAACGUUGAGAAGACUGCGUUGGAACAAGAGUUGCGGGAACUUGAAUCAGAAGUGAACACCGUACAAGCGGCUUUACGUACUACACAACACAACAGUGGGAAAUAUACAGAAUCGCUCAACAGAGAAAAAAGAAAGAUUAUCGACCUAGAAAGGGAGAUACAGAAUAUUGGAUCUGGUGGUGCGGAGGCUCGCCGCGCCGAGCUGGAGAGGCGGGCGGAGCGCGCGCGGCGGGCGGGCGAGGCGGCGCGGGCGCGCUACGACACGGCGCAGCACGAGGCGGGGCAGGCGCGCGCCGACACGGCGCGGGCGCACGCCGAGGCCGAGCAGGCGCAGGCGCGCGUGCAGCGACACAGGAAUGACCUCAAACAAAUGCAACAGAACCUACGUGAAUUGGAAUCACGCGGAAACGAAUCGUUGGCGGUGUACGGCAACAAUAUGAUUGAACUGUGUCGGCGAAUCAAGGAAGCCGUGGCCCAGAAACAGUUCUCAGCGCCCCCUAAGGGACCCAUCGGUAGUUUCUUGAAGGUGAAAGAUAAAAAAUGGGGUGGUGCUUUAGAGCAUAUUCUCGGCGGGAGCAUUCGGACCUUUUGUGUCAAUACCCACGAGGACUCUAGAAAACUAUUUGCCAUCAUGGGACAAGUGUUCGGCAACGCGGCCAAGCCAGGAGUGACGUGCAGCAAGUUCUUGCCGCGCGUGCACGACGUGCGGCGCAGGUGCGUGCGCGCGGCGGGCCACGUGUCCGCGCUCGACGCGCUCGACAUCAGCGACCCCGUCAUCGCCAACUACCUCAUCGACAACAUCGGCGUGGAGACCAUCUUACUUGUACCUGAUCAUAAUGACGCUAUUCGUCUAUCCGAUAACGAGGAGAACGUACCUGAGAAUUGUUCAAAAAUCGUGACAUCGGACUCGACGGAGUUCUUCCCGGCGCCCAACUAUCGCAGUUACGGCGGCGCCAACAAACGCAGCCAGUACCUGCAUCUCAGCACUGCCGAGAGGAAGAAACAAUUGUUAGCGGAGAUUCAGGAAGCGGAAUCGGCGCUUCGUUCGUUGGAAGCUAAUGCGGAAGUGUUGAAUAACCAAGCGAGGGAAGCGCGCAAUAACGAUCAUAAAGCGUCUAAACUGCUGCAAGCGCUGCUGACCGAGCGACACGAGAGGGAGGAGGCGGCGCGGGCAGCUGCUGCAGCGCUGGAUCAGCAACAGGCGCCGCAGCACGCCGUCCUGGUUGAUGAACUAAAUAUAUCGAAGGAGAAAUCGACCAGUUUGCAACGUCAAGUGGAGGAGCUCUCGGCCCAGGCUGUACAGUGUCGACAAAAAGUUAACGAGUUCGAAACUAAAAUGAAGUUGGUCAAGAAUCAACUGACCACGCUUAGAACAGAAUGUAGGAGCCUUACCGAGCAAAUUGACCAAGAGCAAAUGAAGCAGGAGCAGGGUGCAACAGAACGCAGGGCGUACCAACAGCGGCUGAGUGAAGAUGCGACCAAAAUGAAGCGAGUAGAAGAGAUCCUCGCGGACAAAGCGAGGGUCAUCCAACAAAAGACACACGAUGCUCUUAAACUCUGUCCGAGAGUGAACAAUCCUAGAAACCGAGAGGUAGUAACUGCUGAGCUAAAGCAAACCCAACUAAAAUUAAGUUCGAUCAGAAGCGACGGUCUAACGAAAGCUCAGGUGGCCGAACAACUACUGCAAGUCGAAUUCAAAUAUAGAAACACUAAAAUGAUCUUAGACCAACUCAAAAAGCUUAUUGAAUAUACGAAGGUGACGACGGACAAUCAUUUGAAAUUCUGCUAUACAGUACAAACCAGCAUCGCUAGACGAGUCCAGCAUAGUUUCCAAGCUAUCUUAAUGCUCAGAGGUUACUCGGGCCGCAUGGACAUCGACCACGGGCGCGGCGAGCUGGAGAUCGUGUGCUCGGGGCGCGAGAGCAGCGCCAAGCGUCACGCCGCCUCCACCGCCUCGCUCUCGGGCGGCGAGCGCUCCUACUCCACCAUCGCCUUCAUCAUGGCGCUGUGGGAGUGCGUCGAGCUGCCCUUCUGCUUCAUGGACGAAUUCGACGUCUUCAUGGAUAACGUGAAUCGAAAGAUCGUGAUGGAACUGCUGAUCGAUCACGCACUCAAGAACACAAGCCGACAGUUCGUGUUCCUGACGCCCCAGGACGCAUCAUCCGUCACCGCUGGACCAAAGAUUACCAUAUAUUUAAUGGCGGAUCCGCGGCCGUAG